UAGGUCUGCCUUCCCACCCCCGGAGUCGAAGUGUAAUCUUCCAAGAUGGCAGACCUGGAGCAGAUCAGAACACGUGUGACGUUGACAGAGCACGAAGUUAUCAACACGCACAGCACGGACUUUCCUGGGAACUAUGCCGGGUAUGACGACACAUGGAGCCUGGCCAAGUUCGAGGAGAAGUUCCGAGUGAACAUUGUGUCUUUGGAGGGUUCGGAGCUUGAGUUUGACAUGGUUGGUGUGGACGCCUCCAUCGCAAACGCCUUCAGGAGGAUCCUACUGGCUGAGGUCCCCACCAUGGCCAUAGAGAAGGUGUUUGUACACAACAACACGUCCAUCAUCCAGGAUGAGGUGUUAGCUCAUCGGCUGGGCCUCAUCCCCAUCCACGCCGACCCCAGGCUGUUCGAGUACAGACAGGAAGGUGAUGAGGAGGGGACAGCUGAGGACACAAUAGAGUUCCAUCUGAACGUCAAGUGCACCAGGAACCCCCAGGCACCAAAGGACUCCACUGAUCCAGAUGAGAUUUACAAAGACCACAAAGUCUAUACGAAACAUCUAAAGUGGGUUCCACUGGGCAACCAGGCUGAACUGUACAGUGAAGGUGACAUCAAACCUGUGCAUGAUGACAUUCUGAUUGCCAAACUCAGACCAGGACAGGAGAUGGACCUGAAGUUGCACUGUGUGAAGGGUAUAGGUCGUGACCAUGCCAAGUUCUCACCAGUUGCCACUGCCUCCUACCGCCUGUUACCAGAGAUCGUCCUGACAGAACAGGUGGAGGGGGAGAAGGCAGACAGACUGGUCAGGUGCUUCAGCCCAGGGGUCAUGGAGGUCACGGAGGAAAACGGUGUGAGGAGAGCCAGAGUCAUGAACUCCAGGUUAGACACCUGCAGCAGAGAAGUCUUCAGACAUCCGGACCUGAAGGACUGUGUGAAGCUGAACAAAAUACGUGAUCAUUUUAUAUUCUCAGUGGAGUCUACAGGAGCACUGCCUCCAGACGUUCUGGUGUGUGAGGCCAUCAAGGUGCUGAUGGGGAAGUGCAGGAAGUUCCUGUCGGAACUGGACACAGUCGCCGACACUGAACAGCAGAACUUGAGAUGAAAACAUCACCUAGUAUUUGGGUUGUUCACUCAGAUACAAGACCAUUGAAAGACCGAGGAGCAGCCAAAAGUUUGAGAGCUACUAGUAUCAACGGUUGUUCAACGAUCUCUCAUUGGCCUGAUUUUUGUUGGUGCAGCCUGUCCUUUUGAAAUUGGGCCUGUGACAAAAGAGUGGAAAUCUAGAGUGUGCAUACAUGUAUGUACGAAACACUAUAUGGAACUCCUCUAUACAGUGGUCAUGGUAGUGUAUCCAGGAUCUGAUUAUUUAUUUGUACCACUACUUUGCUAUUUAAAAGAAAAAGACAUGAAGAAAGUCAUGAUAAACUGUACAAAUGUAAGGCACAGCCACUUUAUUGCCAUCCAUACAAAUGGUUCCUAAUACAAAAUGUCAACGCUCUCUAGUAAUUCCACUGCUGGCUGUAUUCAGCUCUCUUGCUACUGAUCAAAAAUGGGUCCUGACAAAAACAUCAGACCUGCAUCAUCCUUACAAAACUCUCUUCUAACGAUUGUCUCCGCUUUUUCCUAUUGCCACUAAAUGUUGUACUUACUUAGCAUUACAACAGUAUGCACUAAUAAAUUACACAAAAAUACUUCUGUAAAAACCUGCGCACAUACAUUUUGAAUAAAAUUUGGUUGCCCCACUCGCAUCUUUCAUGAUCUCAGUAAUGGACAACUGUACAUCUCGUGAAGGUCUGUACAAAGAGAACAAGAAUAGGCUACUAUGUAUACACAUAUGUAUAGGACAACGGUAAUAAGGGUAAGACAUCUUACUAUGAGAUACAAAAGGGGACAAGACUGACUCCUUCAUGUGUUUAGGUAUUCGUUAAAGUAAAUAUUCUCUACAACUUGCACCAGGAUGAUUGAGAAUUCACUAACUCCAAGGUCCAUCAAAUCUGGACAACAUCAUUAACGAAAAAAAAUAUGAACAAGACUGUACAAAUCCAAUUGGGUAACUCAUGAGUACAUAGUGUGUUCCAAAAUGUUGUUAGAGACUGGUCUCUUUAAAGUUGGAUAGACCGCAAAAGUUUGGAAUCUCAACAACAA